ACCUCUCUCCUCCCAGCCACCUCGAUGCUGCGCACCCUGCCGGCUCACUCACCCUCAUCUUUAUCCCGCCACGGGCCGCCGCACCGUCGGCUCACGCUGUGCUGACCGGCGCGGCUCGCCGUCACCCCACCAACCCGCCCUGGUUGCGCGUCGCUCCUCUUGCUCGCACUCCACACCGCCGCGCCUCGCACGCGCCCUCAUCCCGCUGUCCGCCAGCCCGGCUCGUCGCCGUUCACGCGACGCCAGUGUCGUCGUCUGUGGAGCGGCUGAGAGGACGCACUUCUGUGCUUUGCCGCACGGGCUGAGCGACCCUCCUCGCUCGUUGCUGCUGCGGAGCGGUGCGUCAGUCCUCUUGCAGACGGACAAGUCCGUGUGUCCGCCAGCAUGCCUCGGCCGACGCGCCAGGCGGCGCUGCGCAACGCAGACGCCUCGUCGUCUCGUGCCGUUUCCAGCUCGGCACGCGGCGGCAGCAGCAGCAGUCGGCGCAGCGUCACCUUCGUCAAGCUCGAGCCAUCAAGCGACGACGAUGAGCUGCAGGAGGAAGAGCGCCUCAAUCAGCCGGGGCCCUCGUCCAGACCCGAGCGCAGCAGUGGCAAGAAGCGCACCGCAGCUGUGAAACAGCCGCCUGGCGUGUCGUACGUGCCAAGCGGCACCGACUGGCUGCAGCAUGCGGCGCUGCCGCCGUCGAGCUCCAGCGAUGAGGCCGAAGAGAAGGACUGGCUGACGCGUGCGCAGCGACAAGCGUGUCUGCCAGCAGAUCAGCAGUCCUCUAUCGGCGAUGACUUCUGGGAGCCAUCAACGCCGCCGCCGCGAGACGGCUCAGACGUCGACGAGCUCGACGCCCAAAGCCCGUCGCCGGAAGAUGAGGAGCAGGCAAGGCUGGACGCAGCCGCUGCGGCGGAGGAAGCCAAGCUGCUGCAGGAGCUGCUUGCGGGGCACUCGCACUCAGCUUCACAACAAGCACGCGCAGCCUCUUCUGCCGCCGUGUCAUCGCGCAAGCAGGCCUCGUCAGCGCCUUCUGCCGCUGGGCCAUCGCGCAGCCAUGCUUCUUCGCCAGCGCCCUCGGCUGCCAGGUCAUCGCGCAGCCCUGCCUCAUCGCCAGUGCGUGAUGCCGCCGCCGCCGCCGCCGCCGCCGGGUCGUCGCACAGCCAGGCCUCUUCGCCAGCAGCCUCUCGGCCCGCGGCCUCAGCCGAGCCCUCGCCCGAGCCUUCACCAGAGCCUUCGCCUGAGCCUGAGGCGUCACAGCGGCCACAGCUCGACCUCAACGACGUCAGCGACGAGGAGGACGAGGAGGAGAUGUUCGAGUCGCUCAAGGCUCUGCUGGCCACGAACGAGGCCGAAGAGGAGCAGCAGCUGCCGGGCGAGACGUACGAGGAGAUGCGGCAGCGCAAGCUGCGCGCUAAUGAGGCGCUGCUGGAGCAGCUGGGCCUCGGCACUGCUGCUGCGCCGAGUCAUUCACACGACACGCCGUCGAUGCGAGCGUCCGAAUCAGUCGCGCCUGGUGACGACGAUGUCGUACGCACGGGCAAGCCCAGCCGACCGCGAGGACGCGGGCGGCCACCCAAGUCGUCCACAUGGGCUGAGUACGGCACGUACGGCACCAAGCGUACGCUGCGGAUUGACGAGCAUGGCACGACGACAUCGCGCCCGUUGCCUGGCACGUCACAUGAAGCCGCCUUCGUCGACGUGCCGCUGCUGCGCGAGCGACAGAGACAGGCUUUCGUCUACUUCGCCGGCACGGCCAUUCGAGCGCCUACGCCGCCGCCUGUCGAGGAGGAGUCGGAGGAGGAAGAUGAAGUAGAGGAGGUGAUGCCUGUCGAGGCCACAGUGCCGCGGCCGAGAAGAAGUGGACCUGUCGGAGAGGCGGACACAGUCGACGGCACAACGUGCCACCAGUGUCGCCGCAAGACGACGGAGGAGAAGAUGCGCUGUCGCUUCCACGACGAUGGUCACGUCUGUCCGCUGUUCUACUGCAAAUCGUGUCUGCUCGUGCGCUACCACAUCAUCGCCGACUUUGAGAGCCGGAGCUUCGUCUGCCCGCGGUGCAAGGGCCUGUGCAAUUGCUCCAUGUGCCUCCGCGCCCGCGGCCUCGAAGACCUGCUACAGACGCGCGACGGCGAGCUCAACAGAGCUCUCAGUCUCUCGACGAUGCUGCGCAAUCCCGACGGCUCCAUCAAGCAUCGCAGCGUGCACGAAUACCUGCUCGCCACGUACGGCCUCGAGAAGAUUCAGGGCCCGACCGGCUUCGCGGCUGCGCGCCGUCCGACGCAGAAGAAGCCCAAGAAGCCCAAGGCGCCCAAAGCUGCGGCCAAGGACAGCGUCAGUGCGGUCCCCAAGACGCCGAAAGACAAGGUAGCCGCAGAGGAGGCCGGCGAAGCAAGCGCGUCUGCGUCGACGCCUCAGACCGCAAAGCAGGACAAAGCCGGGCUCAAGGCGCAGCAGGCGGCUGUUAAGGCCAAGGAGAAGGAGGAGGCCCGGCUCGCCCGCGAGACGGCCAAGCAGAAGCGCAUCGCAGAGCGCGAUGCGCGUCUCGCCUCGAUCAAGGCUGGCAUUGCCGCCAGAAAGAGAGGCCAUUCGCCAACCGCCGACGUUCUCACCACCGCCAAGCGCCGCAAGCUGGGCAAGGAGGCGCCUGAUGAGCUUGAGCAGCUGCAGCGCGAGGUCGUCUCACUGCAGGCCGCGCUGGUGCUCAAUCAGACUGACGACGAUGGGCGCCGUGUCGGCCAUUUCACCUUCCAAGCAACGGACGACUCAGGCGCGCAGGUCAAGCGCACCCUCGUCAUUCGUCUCUCGCCCGCCGACUCUGCGAGCGACGGCAGCCUCUCGACUGCACAGCCGUCGCCGGCUCCGUCUGCCGCGCCUGACAAGCCGCAGCCGACCAUCAGCGCCAUGGCCGAGGCACGCAAGGUGCGCGAGCAGAACGUCUGGGUCAAGGGCGCUGCGGACCAGAGCGACAGCGACUCGGACAUGUCCGACGUGCCUGAGCGGCCCGACGCGCCCGAGCCGCUGCAAGCCGACAGCCCGCUUUCGUCGGCGCCGCCCUCCAGUCCAGCUGCGCACGAUGCUCGCUCAGCGUCGCGCGCGUCAAGCCGCGAGAGCAGUCCUGCAUCGUCGCGCGGCUUCCUUGGCGGCAACGACGGCGAGGCUCCGAGCAGCAGUACCAGCAGCUCUGCUCUGCUUACGGCUACGCAGCGUCCGCCUCUCGACCCCGCCUCGCCCACACUACAUCCAAGCUUCACGCUCGAGGCCAGCGUGAGCCCCGCACGUCCGCCGCUGCUGCCUGCCGCGUACAGUGGCGGCACCUACUCUGCGCCCGCAGGAGAGCACGAUACAUUGGCGGCGCUGCAGAACUUGCGCUCGACGCAGUGGGGCUUUGCUGAUGACGCGCCGGCUUCUCUGCUCGACUCUGCUCUGCGCUCCUCCUCCUUUCCUCUGCGGCACGCCGAUGCUACUGGCCUCGCCGAUCUUCCCGACGACGCAGUGACGCUGCCGUACAGCCAUCAUCCUCCAGCCUCGCAAGACUCCGACGCCUCAGCCUCCGCCUCCUCCGGCGCCGUCUUUCCGCGCCAUCCCGCCGCCACUACGCCUCCGCUGCUGCAUUCUGCCUUUCGCGGCGCCGGCGGCGGCGCUGGGCCGUCGCCGUCCAUCAGUUACCCUGCUUCGCCCCAUGCCUUCCUCGACGACGCCCGUGCUGCCUCUUCGCUCGCAGCCGCAGCAGCUGCGAGCGCCAGCGAAGGCCACUCCGGCUGAGGCCGUGUCUGCUGCCAGCACCCGUCGCUGCCUCUCACAGGCAAUCCCGUCACCGUCUUACUCUGUAUCUCCUGUAACAACACCUCAUCACA